AAAUCCUUGGCCGCCAAUGGGGGAGGUGGAGCCCGUGCCCGCGGGCCCGCUGGAGCCCCCGGAGCCACCUGAAGCGGCGGCGCCUCGCCGGCCCGGAGGGAUUCGGGUCCUAAAGAGAAAUAUGAAACACAAUGGGAGCAGAACUUGUUUGAAUAGAAGAAGUAGGUUUGGUUCCCGAGAAAGAGACUGGCUAAGAGAAGAUGUGAAGAGAGGCUGUGUUUACCUUUAUGGAGCAGACACGACCACUGCCACUACAACCACCUCCUCCUCCUCCUCCUCCUCCUCCUCUUCUGAUUUACAUCUUGUCCUUUGCACAGUAGAGACACCAGCGUCAGAAAUAUGUGCUGGAGAGGGAAGAGAAAGCCUCUAUCUACAGCUUCAUGGAGAUCUGGUCAGGAGACUGGAGCCCUCUGAACGGCCUCUCCAGAUUGUUUACGAUUACUUAUCCAGGCUGGGGUUUGAAGAUCCCGUGCGCAUACAGGAGGAGGCUACGAACCCUGACCUCAGCUGUAUGAUUCGAUUUUAUGGUGAAAAACCAUGCCAGAUGGAUCAUCUGGAUCGAAUCCUACUGUCUGGCAUCUAUAAUGUACGCAAAGGAAAAACCCAGCUGCACAAAUGGGCUGAGCGCCUCGUUGUUCUCUGUGGUACCUGCCUUAUUGUUUCCUCAGUGAAGGAUUGUCAAACUGGAAAGAUGCACAUUUUGCCGCUGGUUGGGGGAAAGAUAGAAGAAGUGAAGCGCCGGCAGCACUCCCUUGCUUUCAGCUCAGCUGGAGCCCAAGCUCAGACCUAUCAUGUCAGCUUUGAGACUUUGGCUGAGUACCAGAGAUGGCAACGGCAGGCGUCUAAGGUGGUGUCGCAGCGGAUGAGCACUGUGGACCUCUCAUGCUACAGCCUUGAAGAGGUUCCUGAGCAUCUCUUCUACAGCCAAGACAUCACCUACCUCAACCUGCGGCACAACUUCAUGCAGCUAGAAAGACCAGGGGGCCUUGACACACUCCACAAAUUUUCUCAACUGAAGGGCCUGAACUUGUCCCAUAAUAAACUUGGACUGUUUCCUGUGCUGCUGUGUGAGAUUUCUACCCUGACUGAGCUCAGCCUUUCUUGUAAUGGAUUUCAUGACUUGCCAAGUCAGAUUGGUAAAUUGCUAAAUCUUCAGACCCUCAGCCUCGACGGCAACGGCCUCACGGCUCUGCCAGAUGAGUUGGGAAACCUGCGGCAGCUCACUUCUCUGGGAAUUUCCUUCAACGAUUUUCGUCACAUCCCUGAAGUUUUGGAGAAACUUACCAUGUUAGAUAAAGUGGCUAUGGCAGGAAACCGUUUGGAGGUCCUGAACCUGGGGGCACUGACCAGGAUGAGCCAGGUCAAGCACGUGGAUCUGAGGAUGAACCACUUGAAAACGGUGAUUACUGAAAAUAUGGAAGGAAAUAAACAUAUCACGCACAUGGAUUUGCGGGACAAUCAGUUGACUGAUUUGGACCUUAGCUCCUUAUGUAGCUUGGAGCAGCUGCACUGUGAGCGGAACCAGCUGAGGGAGCUGACACUCAGCGGCUUCUCCCUUCGAACCCUCUACGCCAGUUGGAACAGGCUGACGGCAGUGAAUGUGUACCCAGUGCCCAGCCUGCUCACUUCUUUGGAGCUCUCCCAAAACUUGCUGGAGUGUGUCCCUGACUGGGCCUGUGAAGCAAAAAAGCUGGAAAUACUAGACAUAAGCCACAAUCUUCUUACAGAGGUCCCCAUGAGAAUUCUGAGUAGUCUGAGUCUUCGGAAACUGAUGGUAGGACACAAUCACAUCCAUGUCCUUCCUGCACUGGUGGAGCACAUUCCCCUCGAGGUCCUGGAUAUCCAGCAUAACACUCUCUCCAGGCUGCCGGACACGCUCUUCUCCAAGGCCUUAAAUCUCAGGUACUUGAAUGCAUCUGCAAAUAGUCUGGAGUCCUUGCCUUCUGCGUGUGCUGGAGAGGAGAGUCUGAGUGUGCUGCAGCUGCUGUACCUGACCAGCAACCUUCUGACAGAUCAGUGCAUACCAGUUUUGGUCGGGCACCCACACCUGCGAGUUCUGCACCUUGCAAACAACCAGCUCCAGACCUUCCCUGCAAGCAAGCUAAAUAAACUGGAGCAGCUGGAAGAGCUGAAUCUAAGUGGGAACAAACUUACAGCUAUCCCCACAACCAUAGCCAACUGCAAAAGGCUGCACACCCUUGUCGCCCAUGCCAACAACAUCAGCAUCUUCCCAGAGAUCCUGCAGCUGCCUCAGAUUCAGUUUGUAGACCUGAGUUGCAAUGACUUGACAGAAAUCCUAAUUCCAGAAGCUCUGCCUGCUACUUUACAAGACCUUGAUCUGACAGGAAAUACAAAUCUGGUCCUGGAACAUAAGACUUUGGACAUGUUUAGCCACAUCACAGCCCUGAAGAUUGAUCAGAAGCCUUUGCCAGCCACAGACUCUGCAGUUACAUCAACCUUCUGGAGCCAUGGCCUGGCCGAGAUGGCAGGGCAGAGGAAUAAACUCUGUGUGUCUGCCCUGGCUAUGGAUAACUUUGCAGAGGGUGUGGGAGCUGUCUACGGCAUGUUUGAUGGGGACCGGAAUGAAGAACUCCCUCGUCUGCUGCAGUGUACAAUGGCAGAUGUGCUUUUGGAAGAAGUACAGCACUCAACAAAUGACACAGUUUUCAUGACCAAUACCUUCUUGGUAUCUCACAGGAAAUUAGGAAUGGCUGGCCAGAAGCUGGGUUCUUCGGCUCUCCUGUGCUAUAUUCGACCUGACACUGCCGACCCAACAAGUAGCUUUAGCUUGACUGUAGCCAAUGUUGGCAUGUGCCAAGCUGUCCUGUGCCGAGGUGGGAAGCCAGUACCUCUUUCUAAAGUCUUCAGCUUGGAGCAUGACCCAGAGGAGGCUCAGAGGGUGAAAGACCAGAAAGCCAUCAUAACAGAGGACAACAAGGUGAACGGAGUAACCUGCUGCACCCGGCUGCUGGGGUGCACAUACCUCUACCCAUGGAUCCUCCCCAAGCCCCACAUAGCUUCCACUCCACUUACCAUUCAAGAUGAAUUGCUGAUUUUGGGAAACAAAGCACUGUGGGAACACUUGUCAUAUCUAGAAGCUGUCAAUGCAGUACGUCACGUGCAAGACCCACUAGCUGCUGCUAAGAAGCUGUGCACAUUAGCCCAGAGCUACGGUUGUCAGGACAACGUGGGGGCAAUGGUGGUUUAUUUGAAUAUUGGUGAAGAAGGCUGUACCUGUGAAAUGAAUGGGCUCACCCUUCCAGGCCCUGUGGGAUUUGCUUCAACUGCAGCCCUCAAGGAUACUCCCAAGCCAACCACUCCCUCCUCCAGUAGUGGGAUUGCCUCCGAGUUCAGCAGUGAGAUGUCCACCUCAGAGGUGAGCAGUGAAGUGGGCUCCACGGCCUCGGAUGAGCACAACACUGUGGGCCUGGAGGCGAGCUUGCUGCCCAGGCCAGAGAGGCGCUGCAGUCUGCACCCAGCGUCCUCCGCAGGGGUGUUCCAGCGCCAGCCUUCUUGUGCUACUUUUUCCAGCAAUCAGUCUGACAAUGGCCUGGACAGUGACGAUGACCAGCCUGUUGAAGGAGUCAUAACCAACGGCAGCAGGGUUGAAGUAGAGGUAGACAUCCAUUGCUGCCGAGGCAGAGAGCCAGAGAGCUCCCCUCCGCUCCCGAAGAACUCUUCCAACGCCUGUUCAGAGGAGCGUGCUAGAGGGGCGGGGUUUGGGAUCCGAAGACAGAACAGUGUCAACAGUGGUAUACUUCUGCCAGCGAACAGAGACAAGAUGGAGCUGCAGAAGUCUCCCUCCACUUCUUGUCUGUAUGGAAAGAAACUCUCCAAUGGCUCCAUUGUGCCCCUAGAGGACAGCCUGAACCUCAUUGAGGUGGCCACAGAAGCACCCAAAAGGAAAACUGGCUACUUUGCUGCCCCCACUCAGCUGGAACCAGAGGAUCAGUUUGUCGUCCCUCGAGACCUGGAAGAGGAAGUGAAGGAGCAGAUGAAGCAGCACCAGGAGGGCAGGCCUGAGCCCGAGCCCCGGGGAGAGGAGCGGACAGAGCCCCUGGAGGAGUUUGAUACAGCACUGUGAUUGUACCUCUCGUGUGGACGCAGCCUGAGGGAGGGCUGUGUGGUAUUGGGGAAGGGACCUUCAGGAGAUAUUUGCCUCAGUGUUUCAAACCAUAGAUAAUAUGGAGUAGAAUUUGGAGCCAAAAAGUUGAGCACUAGCAGGGUCUGGCUCUUGAUGGGCUCGGACCGCCAUCAGUGUUAAGCUUCACAUUGGACCUUGGUUGGACUCCCAGCGUUGCUGGGAGACAGCAGAUGUUCUGUGUCAGUCCUGCCACCUGCCAUUAACCCUUUCUCUCCUAGGAUCAUUUGAGAAAUUGCCUGCCUGGGCAGGAAAGGGACUAUUUCUGUGGAGGAAGUAACUGAAGGUUGAUUCCCUUUACUAAUUGCUGCUGAUGGAUCUCUGUGACAAGAGAAAUCACCUUAUCUCUCAGACUAACUAGUGGGAUGUGAUGUGACUAGUCACAUGGCUUUUUAUUCUCUAGGAGAAUACAGCCUAUCAAAUGUCUACUGGAGAUACAGAACCAAUCAAGCAGGUGACUUAUGUAUGUAAUGUUGUGUAACGAGAGCACUUUUCAUUGACUGUGAACCUUUUAUUUUUGAAUCUGCACUCGGAGCCAAUCUUCUUAGAGGCAGCCCAGCUCCUUUGUCCCUAGGUAGAAGUCAUUGAGCAUUGGAGCCUCUUUGAGGGUGCUUGGGAGGGUCCUGGAAGUUGAUGUGCUGGAUGUCAGACUGGGAAAGCUCCUGAGAAACUUGGGGUGGGUGGGUGGGGAUUUAUAAGAUGGGGGAGGAGUGAGAACUAAGUCAAGUCAAAGAGACUCAGCCUUGGAUAAGCUGACCCCUGCUAGGAACUAGGAUCCCAAGGCAGGGACUUGUGGGUUUGCCUCUUUUCCUUAAUGUGGUAGACUUGGCAGCUAGCCAGCCUCUUGACAGGUGGGCUGACUCCUUGAAUUAUAGCAAGUGAGUACAACAGGAGACCAGCUAGGAACAUAUAUGGGCAGCCAGAUCUCACAAGUUAGACUUGCUCCCCUCUCUCUCUCUCUCUCUCUCUCUCUCUUCUUACUCUUCUUUCUCUUCUCUUCUCUUCCCUCCUUCUCUUCCCUCCUUCCCUCCCUUCCUCCUUCCCUCCCUCCCUCUCUCAGGAUGUUUUCUAGAAUGUUGUAGUGAGUGUGUUGUUUGGCACUGUGCCCUUCUGAAUAUUGCUGAGUCCCCUGACAUGGUGACAUGGUUCAAAGUGCUGGCCUCAACACAGAGGAAGAAAGACUAUUCAACUGAGCGAUUGCUAAACUUACAGAAAACCUGUAAUUUUUUUUUCACAUUCCUCUUAACUCUAGCAAGUGACCACUUCUUGUGUAUUUCUGUUGCUCUUUCCGUAGGUUACUAAGGAAACUCAUUCCUAUUUAUUGAUGUAAAUUUUGGCAUUGCUUGAUUUUACUCAGUUGAAAAAUGUGCUUUGAAUUUUUAGAAUAUUGCACAACUAAAAAAAUAGAUUGGGGCAUUUUUAAAAAUUUUCCUUUAUAGAAACAAAUUGUUAAAUAUAAGAUUGAAAGUGUCUAUUUUUCCUUUGUUUUUGAGGAGGAAGUUUUUGUUUAAAGCAAUACUGAAAAGCAGACAGAUAAUUCUGUCCUCAGAGGCCCUGUGCUCAUGUGCACAGGGUUAGUGGUUACACUGGGGGUGGGGUGGGGUGGAGGAUGCUCUAUCACUGCAGCAGCUGCCUAAUAAUUCAGUUCUCAAGAAUCUGAACGUGAGCCCCCAAGUCGGCAACACUCAGCUUCCUUCUGUCAGUUACUGUCAGUUACUGGGAAACAUUAGAACUCAGGUGCUUGAUUUGAGAUGGGGACCCAGCGGCUUAUACAGAUUGUAGGUGUACUGCAGGGAGGAGAGACCAUGGCACCACCUUGUGUUCCCACCUUAUUUUUAUAUGGGAAACUUGAAGAAAAAAAAAAGAAAGAAAAUGAGAGUGAAGGAAAAACACAAGGUGAGGAUGCUGCAGAGAGCCUCCUGCUCAGCAGAGCCUUUGAGCUGAAGAACGAGAGGUGGUGAUUAUGAGAAACCAGUUAUGUGGAAAAGCAGCACUUCGGUAGUCUUAGAACAAUUGUCUUUUUAUUAUAUGUGAUCUGUUUUCUUAUCCUCUGUUUGUUUACCUCCCCAUUCACUAAAGUCGCCUCAAAACUCAGUUCUAAACGGAUCUUGACAAACAUGAACGUACUUCCCUUCUGGUUAGCAGAACUCUGGGGUGCAGGGUCCUUUGUGGGGGUUCAGGGUUCCUUAGGUUGUGUUGAGAAACCUCAGUGUAGGCCAAACCAAAAUGGAUGGUUCUGGUUUUGUAAUUGUCUUUCUUUCAUGUCCUAUUAUACUCUGUAUUAAAAAACAGAGGGUUAAAAGGCCAUAGUCCAUUUCCCAAAACGUAAUACACGCCUCUUGUAACAGUGAGGUGAUUUGCUGAUGUUUUUAUCUGAGUAGGCUGUCAGGUGAGUGUGAUUCCUUUCCCGUACCCAGAGGGUACAUUCUCCAGGUGGCCAGAGGACAGGUUCCUUCUUACACAGAGCCUGCCCUCCCUCUAUAUGAUUCUUGGUCUCUGCCCACAUCUCCCGUUCAGUUAAUUUAAACAAAUCUCUGAGGCCAGGUGUGGUGGCACAGUGGCUCACACCUGCAAAUCUGCACGCACAUGGGAGGUUAAAGCAGGAGAAUCAGGGAUGAGGGUUAGCCUUGGCUACAGAGAGUUCAAAUCCAGUCUGGUAUACAUGAGUCCCAGCCUCAAAACCAAACAAACAGGAUUUCUGAAGAAAGAGCACUCGGCUGUUGGGUGUGGUUCAGGAAGCUCACUGGCAGAGAGUGUCUGUGGCCCCAGUCAAGGUUUUUACCCAGUGACAGAUAACUGGAAAUGACAAUGUUGAUAGGAAAUAAAGUGUGGUGCCACCAUGGAGUCAUCCCUGGCCACUCCCGACACAAGCGAGGCUUGACUAUACUACUGUGGAGUAUACACGUGCAAUAAUCAGUGAACUCAAUCCCUGGUGGACAGAAGAGCCGCCCAAGCUGCGUGUAAUCUCUGGGUGCUAUCACAGUGCGUUUCACGAGUGCUGUUUCCAGGCAGUUAGGUUGGGCUGAACUUGUGAGUAUCAAACAGUGCUCUUCUUUCUGUGUAGACCUUCAGCAAAAGCAGGUACUUGGAAACCACAGGCUCACCUUCUCUAUCUAUUCAGUAAUUAUUAACAAAGAGACCUCCAUAAGGGAGCACUUGGCUGUUACUGAUAAUGUACCAAUUGCUAAAGAACCCGUCUCCAAGCCAUCCGGUGAUGUGUGCAGCAUCACUGUAGAACUGUCCCGUGCCGCUCUUCACUUCCCUUUGGGUGGAGCCUUUUCGACUCCCCAUGGCAGGCUAAUCUUUCUCUCCAGGUAGUAACUUGGCCCCGAGGUUGGGCAAGUACUCCCCAGACUGAGAGAAGCGGCUGCGUCACAUCUGCUGUGUUCCGUCAUUGGUGAUCAGCCAGUCAGCAUUCGCUCCCUGUGUCUAACUCUCUCUCUCGCACCUCUCCCAGAUGCUAUCUAUCGGGUUUUCUCACUGUUGCCAGUGGAUGUCAUCCAAACAGUGGGCUCAUAUCUUAUGGUUUUUGUGCAAUCAUUGUCGUAUUGUAGUCCUAAGACUCAUUAUAGUGUAUUUUUGAUAUUUUUGAAAUGUGUUAAAUUUUUUAAUUCAAUAAUAUGAGCCAGAGCAUGUUGCAGCAAAUCUAUUGUUUGUAAAAAAUAAUAAUAAACAAUAAAUAAAAUAAAAUGGGAUAUCUUUUCCA